AAUAAAACUCUGUUCUCGAAAGUAGAAUCUACUGAGUGUGAUCGGAUUUGCUCACGACACAAGUAACUCAGUUCAGUGUUCGUUGUUAGCUUUUGUCUGCAAUUGUCAGAGACACGGCGUAAAUGGUCUCUAUUGGUUGCAGGAGUUGGACGAACUCUCGCCUAGCAGAUACUGCUCACUCCCUAUUAUUUCUUGAACACUCUGGUUUACUUGUCUGGCUGACCACUCAGUAAACGUCAAUCAGUAUUUUCAAAUUCUAAUUGAGUGGAUUGCUCUCCUCCUUCUCUGCCAUGUCGUUUGACCAAUCGAGUUGAGUGGAAGCGUUGUCCAGCUUCCACGAAUUGCCAUUCCUGUACUCGUAGAAAUUUGCACAUCGUGUCUAAAACAAGGUCGCAUUCCUGCAUGGAGCCGUCGUUCAAUCCCAUGUCAUCGUCAAGUGGCAAUGUACCACCAGGUCACGCACAGCCAGGACCUUACUAUGGUGGUCCGACGACUGCCGGUGCCCCACCGCCAGCUCAAGAUAGGCCGGGACAUGGCUAUCACGCUGCUUACCCCACUGGUAGUGGAGCACCUGGCAUGGCUGGUCCAGUAGGUUCUCGUCAGGCUGAGCCUCCUGUCAUGGCUCAGCCAAGCGGUGGAAACACUGCGCUCUCCAAGUUGCACAUGCCUCCUGCUGCUGCAGCUGGUGGUGCACCACCACCACCGGCGGUUGCACACGCUGGUGCAAGUUCAGCGGGCGUUCACGACUUUCAGCCGGCGCGCUUGCCGACUGGCACUCAAUCCCAGCCUGGCCCGUAUUCGGCACCUAUCCCAUCUUCUUCCCAGCCGCCUAGUUUUGUACCUGGUCCUGGUCAACCACUUUCCUCAAACGGUCCUGCGAUGGGCCCUCCACCCUCGGCUAGUGCGUAUCAUCCCAUAGCUUCGGGCGCGCCACCAAUGGCUGGUCCUCCGGCAUCUAGUUCAGCCCUGCCGCCUUCUCAACCUAUUGCUGGUGCUGCAACUGCCCAUCCUCCUUCUGCUGCAGCUACUUCCAGUGGUGCGCAACCCAUGGGACAGCGGGGUCGCUAUCCUCAGCCAGUUGCUCAGCCAGCAGCAACGGCCACAGGUGGACAAACACUGCUUGCAACGGCCAUCAAUCCCACGGGUGCUCCUGGUGCUGGUGGUCCUGGUCAGUUUUCGUCUUUCCCACAGCCAGCAGCCAAUCCUCAGGUUCCUGUUGCUCAGCCUGUCCACCAACCUCCGCCACCUGGUGCACAUGCGGCAGCGCCUGGUGUUCCACCUGCGGCAGGACCAGGCCCGCAUGGAGCUAGCCACCUGCCUCCAUCGGGACCCGGUCAUCUACCACCGGCAGUCGCACCUGGUCAGCCACCACCGGCAGCUGGACCCGGUCAGGGAGGAUCAUACCCUGCCCCAGCUCCUGGUCCCGGUCAGACACGCCAGCUGUACCCGGCGAAUACUGGUUACGGGGCAGCAGCUCCAGGUCCACAGGCGCCUCAACAGCAGCAGCCGCAGCAGUACCAGCAACAGCCGCAGGCUCUAGCACAAGGCAUGGCCAACAUGCAAGUCAAUAGCCAGCAGCAGACCCUUCAUGCGGUCAAUGUCAUGGCUGACCGUACCGUCUUGCCUGCUCAACCAGUGCCUCCACCAAAGCCCACUUGCAGUGAUUUCCGUGCUGCCGUAGUACCUGAUCCAGAGUACAUUCGAUCAACAUUAACGGCUGUGCCGCAAUCCCGUCAGCUCUUGGAUACGUGCCGUCUCCCACUCGGUAUUCUCUUUCAGCCGUUCAGGCAAAUGCCAGCAUCGGAUCUUCCUCUAGUCCGCCAUCUGGUGAUGGUUCGGUGCACUGGUUGUCGCGCAUACUUCAAUCCGUUUGUCUCCUUUCUCAACUCCCACCAGUGGCAGUGUAACCUUUGCUUUCGUACUAAUGAGGUCCCUGACAGUUUCUAUCAGGCUGAUCCCAGAGCUGAGAACCACCGCACACGGCCCGAGUUGAAAAGUUGUUCUGUAGAGUACCUUGCUCCUCGUGAAUACACGACACGUCCACCGCCGCCAGCAACGUAUGUCUUUGUCAUUGAAGUCACUGCAGCUUCACAGCGUAUCGGGAUGUUGCAGUCUGUAUGUCGCUUGCUGGGCAAGCACUGCAUGUCAUUGCCCGGUGACAAGCGGCGUCAGAUCUCCAUCAUCACCUAUGGCAAGGGAGUCACCUUCUAUGCGUUCAAGCCUAAUGCAGUUCAGCCACAGAUGUAUAUCGUCAAUGACCUGGAAGAUAUUUCACUGCCAGUUCCGUCUGCAGACCUUCACGUCAAUGUGGAGGAGUUCCAAGAGAUGCUGGUUGACUUUUUCGAGCAGCUUCCAACCGCUCAUCAAGACAGUGCAGAAGGUGAUAAUUGUCUGGGCAGUGCUAUCCAGGCUGCGUUCCAGCUUGUUAGUUCACUUGGCGGUCGCGUGACAUUGUUCCAAGCAUCCCUGCCGAACGUUGGUAUUGGUGCACUGAAGGAAGCCGAUCCUGUUGCUGCAGGCAAAGAGCCCAAGGUGGAUGCGUCGUCUGGCUACUACAAGGAACAGUCACUGGAGUUCAAUCAAAACCAUUGUGCAGUGGAUGUAUUUGCAUUUGGUGUCAGCCCUCUAGAUCUAGCCACUACAAGUGGUGUGUGCAAGUACUCCUCCGGUCAAGUAUACUACUACAGCGACAAGGAGCCUUCCAGUGUGCCGCAGGCGGAGCGCUUCAACCGAGAUUUGGCUCAUUACUUGACCAGGGCAAUUGGAUUUGAGGCGAUAAUGCGAUUGCGUUGCUCGUAUGGUGUUACGAUUGAGUCGUUCUUCGGCAACUUCUUCCAUCGGGGCUCUGAUGUUCUCAACAUGCCCAACCUGAAUCCUGACCUGACGGUUGGUGUUCAGUUGUCUAUUGAGGAUAAGCUGCCAAGAAAGAAGUCGUUCAUCUCACUGCAGAGUGCUGUACUGUACACUACACACAAAGGUGAACGCCGGACACGAGUUACUACUCUCGCUAUUCCAAUCACUAGCAACAUUGCUGAAGUGUUUGACGGAGCAGAUGUAGAAGCCGUGUCGUUGCUGAUAGCCAAAAUGGCAUGUGCCAGUGCCUCUUCCACUGGUCUAGCUGACGCCAGAGAGGGUAUCAGCACAUGCGCGUUGGACUGCUUGUCUAGUUACACCAAGAAUCUAGUCGGCCGAUCGCCCACCGCCCUACUUGUUCCUCAGGCAUUGUCCACGCUACCGCUCUUCUUCACUGGCUUGCUCAACCUGGUUCCAUUCUCGCGUGUGCCGCAGAGUAACGACGACCGUGUGCAGGGACUGAGGCUGCUGGAUCAGCUGCCGAUAACACAGGCGCUGCACUACAUUUACCCGCGCAUGUACGCCAUUCACGACCUGGGUGAAGAGCAUGCCACUACCAAACUGUCUGGUGACAUCCAGUAUAGCCCAGCUCGCCUGCAGGCAUCCAUGCUCAACCUCAGCCCCUCUGGUAUCUAUCUACUCAAUACUGGCUUGACGCUGUUCGUGUGGAUCGGCCAGUCUGUUGCCAAUGAAAUCAUCCAGGAUUUGUUUGACGUAGGCUCCUUUAGCGAGCUGCCAGAAACUCAGAGCUACCUACCUCUGAUGGAGAAUGCACGCUCCAAUGCCGUGAACAGCUUUGUGAAGCAGCUGCGGAAGGGCCAUGGAGUCCACGCACCGUUGUUCAUUGUCAGGGCUGACAGCCAUAGCAGUAGCAAGGUUUUGCAGAGACUUGUUGACGACGGAGAUCAUGGACAGAAAGAGUACUCGUAUUAUAACUUUCUCGCACGUCUGCAGAAGGCGGUUGCAGGCAGCUAAGCUAGUGCAGCAGCCUUGGGUGGUCACGAUUUGGCUAUCUCUUCUGAUGUUCUUGCCCUGCAACUGUGGCAGUAAUUCGUACUCCCUGCGUUGCAGCAAAUUUCUCAAGCAGCUGGUUAUCUGCUCAAUGUUCCGCGUCUGGUGUAUGACUGUGUGUAGUUUUGAGCAAUGCUCUAGGGACGUUCCUCUUCGUCUUCUUGUUACGUUACGUGCCAACAAUCCUUCCUGUGAUUUGGUGCAAGUCGCUAACACAGUGAAAUCUGGUCAUGACACAGCGGUGGCAGUGGUAGCGGUGGCAUCGCUGCACCAGUAUGCCUGUUUUCUGCCAAAUGUUUGCUGCUCACUGCUGUCUGUAUUCUUUGCUUACUUCUCAAGUCAAUUGCUUUUGCUGUUAAUUUUGUCAUGUUCAAAUGCUUCUUACUAUUAUAAUAAUUAUAGUAGUUUUAUUGUUACCCCAGCACCCAUCUCUAAUCUCUAUCUGGUCUCUGCUCUUGUACGUACUCGCCAGAGUCUUUAAUCUCUCUCUCAACCAUCAAAAUUCUCACUUCUAUUUUGCAAGACCCACCAUGUCCUCCCACUUUGCGUUAAAUGUUGCACCUAUCCUAGACAAAGACGACAGGCGCGGCGUCCAAAUUGCCCUUCCGGAUUCUGAUGCUGUUGCUCCAUGGCCACCGCCUUUCCACGGCAUUUUGUCAUAAUUAUUGUCUGUGUACAAACCAGUGACAUACAUUCUUUUUAAUACGUUGUUGAAUAUGUGUGUGAUAAAGAUGUCGCCCCUGGCAAACGUGCCAGUGUGUGUGUCUA